UUUGCUAGUUCUUCUGCAGUGACUACACGGAAGAGCUUGGCAAGCACACAGGUGGCAAGGAUCCAGAGGGAAACAGAUUUUCUCAGAUGUGCACACUGUUCUGCACCUCGCCUGUCUGACCCCCUGGCUCACUUCUGUCAGGAAUGUGGAUCUCCUGUCCCACCUGUGCCAGUGCAUCGCUUCCCACCUCCCGAAGGAGCACAGAUGGCCCCAUGUCUGGAGUGCAGGCAUCUUGUGCCAAUGAACACCCCCACUUGCAUUGUAUGUGAGUCGCCAAUAGCUCCACAGCUGCAGCCCCAAACCAACCUCUGCAUAAAGGGUAAAGUAAUUUGUCAGGUGUGUGGCACAGGAAAUCCUCUUCACCAUAACCACUGUGUGACUUGUGAAAGCAAGCUGCCUGAAAUGCAAACG